CCGAACCGAGAAUUUUGUGAACUGUUGCACCCCUAUUAUAUAUAUAUAAGUAUAUAUUUACAGAAAUUCCUUUAAUAGCUUGCAGUCAACAAUAUUUUGGAAUUUUGGUCUGAUGUCAAGAGUUUUAAUUGUUUUGAAUGUUUUGCUAAUGCCAUUAUCAAAAACACCAAAAAGCUUAAUGUGGACAACCUUUAAGAAAGGAAGACAGAACAUGCUUAUUGUAAACGAAAUGUUGAACAAUUAUGCGUCGUUAUCUCAAAUAGCGUUCAAGUAUUACAACCAAAGAACGAGAUGGAGACAAAAGCCAAAACAUUAUGUUUUGUGCAGAUUACUCGAACUUGGUGUACGUAAAACUGAAAGAAUCACUGGCAUUAUUGCUCUUUGAACCACGGAGUAGGCCAUGCAAUUUUCAGCAGUUCAGAAAUCAGUUUUCUUGGAAACACUGGAUUUUCUGAUUCCAUUUAUAAUAUUUAUGCUACAUGAUUUGCCAUACAGUAGAAGGGUAGGGGUAGCCCUACUCUGCAUGUACUGUGUUAAUAAUGCAGUAAUCGUCUCACAUUACUUACACAAAUAUGAACUGUCAAUAUUAACAUCUCUAUGGUGAGUGUGUGUAGUACAUCGUCCAUCACAUUAACUGUAUUUACACCCAUUUCAGUGUUUGAGGAAGUGGGGCUUUAGGCGGUGUGAGGAUAUCUGUUGGAUCAAGACCAACAAGAAUAACCCAGGCAAGACCAAGGCACUGGACCCAAAAGCAGUAUUCCAGAGGACCAAGGAACACUGCCUAAUGGGAAUCAAAGGAACAGUGCGUAGGAGUACUGACGGUGACUUCAUCCAUGCUAACGUGGACAUUGACUUGAUCAUCACUGAGGAGCCUGAGAUGGGAAAUGUAGAGAAGCCUGUUGAGAUCUUCCACAUAAUUGAGCACUUCUGUUUGGGCCGCAGGAGGUUGCACUUGUUUGGACGAGACUCGACCAUCAGACCAGGCUGGCUGACCGUGGGUCCUACUUUGACAAACAGUAACUUUAACCAAGAGAGCUACGCCUCGCAUUUUGUCAAUUCCCACCUGUCUGGCUGCACAGAGGAUAUAGAGAGGCUGCGGCCUAAGUCUCCCCCCGCUAAGCUGAAGUCGGAACGUGGUGGUGGAGCAACCAGAGGGGGCCGUGGUGGGCCAAAUGCAGGAAGAGGCGGAGACAGAGGCCGUGAAAGAAACCGGCCAAAUUUCCGUGGGGACAGGGGAGGGUUCAGGGGCAGGGGAGGGCUACAUCGGGGCUUUCCACCUCGCUAGAGCAAAGAGCUCAUGCCACCCAGACUGAUGCUAGAAAUCCCCAUCUGCUUAACUUGCAAACACAAGCUUAUUUUUAAUGCACUCAGUGUAUGCUAUGGUUAGUGUGCGACAGCUGAGAAGUUAGUGACUGUGAACAAUCUUUUUGAACUUUUGUGUUUUGUUUAUAUUUUUUCAUACAUAUACUUCAGAUUAAAUGGGUAUUGUCUGAAUAAAUAUUAUUUUCACUUUUAA